UGAUUGGGUACAGCAUUUUUUAGGCGUUUAUUUUAUGGCUUAUUACGGAUUACUUUAUUUGUGUUCACAUCUCCGAUACUGACCUUCAAUCGCCGCUAACACCCCAUACUCACUCUUUAAAAACCCCGCCGUCCAUUUUCCCCUCAAAUUCAUUCAAUUCUGGUCCGAUGUCUUCAUUACAAAGAAGAGGUAAUAUCUUUAUCUUAACCCUAACCGGCCCUGGUGAGCAUAGAUUCAGUCCUCACCUUCUAGAUUCUAUUCGAUCCUCUCUUCGUCAAGUCCGCUCCCAUGCUGAAUCCGCCGCCUCCUCUGGCACUUCCUCCAAUUUUGUCCUAAUUACCACCGCAGAAGGUAAAUUCUUCUCCAAUGGCUACGAUAUCGAUUGGGCAAAAACCUCAAUGAAUCAAAUGAUUCUCAUGGACGAUAAUUUGAAAUCCGUCGUAUCUGACCUAAUCACGCUUCCGAUGCCGACGAUCGCUGCUGUUUCCGGCCACGCCUCGGCCGCCGGCUUUAUUUUCGCGAUGAGUCACGAUUACAUCGUGAUGAGGAGAGAUCGUGGAUUUCUGUACAUGAGCGAACUCGACAUUGGUCGAGUCAUUCCGCAGUGGUUUGCUGUUUUGGUUAAAAGCAGAAUCGGAUCGGCGGCGGUUCGACGGGAAGUUGUUUUGAAAGCGCCGAAACUGACGGCGGAUAAGGCUUUGGAAUUGGGGAUUAUUGACUCUUCGCACGAUGGCGCGGAGGAGACCGUUGCGGCUGGCGUGCGAUUGGCGGAGGAUUUGGUGGCGAGGAAAUGGGACGGCCACACUUACGCCGGGAAUCGGAUGGAACUGCUGUCUGAGGUUCUGAAUGUGAUGGGAGCACGUUGCUCCGUGGCAAAGCUGUGAGGGUUUAGGAAACCGUGAGAGUGGCAGGUGAUGGGUAGCUUUUAUCGUUUAUUAUUAUAUCAUUGAAAUUACAUUAAUAAGCAUUUGUAAAAGGAUAGGAUAAAGUCGUUGGAUAAAUGGGAAAAUAUAGAAAGAUGAAAAAUAAAUAAAUAAUUUGUAAAAAUAUACGAACAGGUAUUAGGAAAAAUUGGUUAAAAUAGUUAUAGUAUUUUUCUCAGUAAAAAUAUUUUCAAUUCGAAAUUUCUUCUUCUUUAGUA